UUCUCCCCUGUAGCCGAACAAGAACCCAAGCCACCGAGAACACCCACCUCUUGAGAAACAGUAAAAAGCUUGAGUUUUUCCCUUCUUUCUUGUUCAAGAACAAGAUUUAGAACUUAGAAAUCCUCCCCCUGCAGAAAAUUUCAGAUCUGCUGUGUUUCCUCGCCCUCCGUCCGCUGCUCUUGGCUGUGUGUGGGUUUGAAUUCUUCAAGUUUCUGAUCCCCUGAUUUCUCCUUCAAUUCUCGUCGACCUCCCGAACUCGCAGCUCCGGUUUUACUUGCUGAAUUUUCUAGUUCUUGAUUAUUCUGUUACCUUAGCACUUGGAGUGAAUUUUCUACGUUAUGCGAUUGAGGUAAGUAAAUUAUGGUAACGCCCUUCGAUUUCAAAGUAAAAGCAUAUUUUAAAUUGUUUUUGAGAUGGUGACAAGGUUUAAAUUGAUUUUAUUAACACUUGAGCAUGAUUAGAAUGGAAAUGAAAAUUUUUAUUAUUUUUGGCGUUGAGCAUGCCCACAUGGAAUUUUUCCGAUUUAUUCCUAAAAUUUGAGACUGAUUGUGAAUUAUGGAUUUUUCUUGUAAAUCCUGCAUGGUUUUGUCUCUAAUAUAGUCAUGAUUACUGAUUACCGAUUACUGACACCUCCUAGUAGGAGUUUGCAAAUGUUAGCACAUGUCGACAUGUAUACCGAUAGGACCUGUUCAUUCUGUAAUCCUGUCAAUGGGAUAAUACAUUGGUUAUUACUGAAACUGACGCCUGCUAGUGGGAGUUGUUAAACACUGGCCAUGACUUAUAGAUGAGACUAUUACUGAAUUUUAUUCUGCAUUAACGGUUUAUCAUUGAACGCUUUGUUAUUUACUUAUAUAUGUGACUACUACUGAAUCUUAUUUUGCAUUAACGAUUUAUCACUGAACAUUUUGUUAUGUUAAAUUGUUUAUCAAGCAUGCUUAAAUUUUACUCAUGGGCUACUCAUAUUUUUACUAAGAUAUAUUAUAUCAUAGUUUUCCUUGUCCAUCAUUUCAGGAAGUGAAACUCGAGGCCCAGUUAACUAGGGGGAGUGAUGAGCUAGAAGGCUAGUCAAUAUUUUGGACUUAGAUCCUUUUUGGACUUAGACCGUUAGCCACACAUGCUUAACAUAAAUGUGAAAUGAUAAAUCAUUUUUGUUUACUGAGUUUCCCUUGGUUAUAGCCAUGACUGUCUUAUAAACUUUUGUCCAUUUGGACUAGUGACUUUUUUGGUAAUUGAAAGCUAGAUAUUAAUUGAGUUUUUUU